AUGAGUUGGCAACCAGGACAAGUUGACGAUCUUCAACAAAUCUUAACUCUAUUACGCCAGUCGCAAUCACCCGAUACACAAAUACAACGACAAGUUCAAGCACGUCUAGAGUCACUAAAUCAAUACCCUGAUUUUAACAAAUAUCUGGUUUAUAUCUUAACCAAGUUACUCGACGAACAAGAAGCCACUCGAUCAUUGUCGGGCUUAAUUCUAAAGAAUAAUGCCAAAUCACACUACGAGAAAUUUCCCGACGAUGUUCGAUCGUACAUCAAACAAGAAUGUAUAUCAGCAUUAGGAGACCGUUCACCAUUGAUUCGUGCAACUGUUGGCAUACUGAUCACAACUAUUGUGACGAAAGGUUCACUGGAACAAUGGCCAACACUAUUGGAACAUCUCUAUUCAUGUCUGGAUUCACCAGAUGUUAAUCUAUGUGAAGGCGCAUUUGGAGCAUUGCAGAAAGUGUGCGAAGACAGUGCCGAUCAAUUGGAAAAUGCUCCAUCACAGCCAUUGAAUGUUCUCAUACCAAAGUUUAUUCAAUUCUUCCUUCAUUCACAUCCGAAAAUUCGAUCACAUGCCAUUGCCUGUGUCAACGAAUUUAUUACACCACGUGCAACUGCUUUAAUGUCAAACAUUGAUCUAUUUCUUGAAAACCUCUUUCAACUAGCUAACGAUACGGAUUCGGACGUACGGAAGCAUGUUUGUCGAGCAUUGGUUAUGUUAAUCGAAGUUCGCAUCGAGCGGUUAAUUCCACAUAUGCAACAAAUUAUCGAAUACAUGCUGCUUACAUCCCAAGAUGCAGACGAUACUGUUGCGCUAGAAGCAUGCGAAUUUUGGCUGAUGAUUGCUGAUCAACCUAUCUGUCGAGAUGUUCUGCAGCCAUACCUGGAUAAACUCUUGCCUAUUCUUUGUAAAAACAUGAAAUAUUCAGAAAUAGAUGUGAUUAUUCUACAAGGUGAUAUUGAUGAAGAUGAACACAUACCCGACCGAAUCGAAGAUAUUCGUCCGCGAUUCCAUCGAGCACGUACGCGACAGCAUGCACCGAAUUUAUUGGAUGACAAUGAUGGAACUAGUCAACCGAAUAACGCAACCGACACAAAUAACAAUUCAACGCCAGCCAACAGUCAAACGGAUCAACACCUGCAACACGAUGAUGACGAAGAUGAUGACGACGACGAUGAAUCAGGCGUCAGUACUGACCAGGCAACUGAAUGGAAUCUACGUAAAUGUUCAGCAGCUGCAUUAGAUAUCCUUUCAAAUGUCUUUCGUGAAACCAUUCUACCUAUUCUGUUGCCAAUACUACGUGAAAUGUUAUUUCAUAGCGAUUGGCAAAUCAAAGAAAGUGGCAUACUUGUGUUAGGUGCUAUCGCUGAAGGUUGCACGUACGGUCUAACUCCACAUUUACCUGACCUAGUCGAUUAUCUAAUCAAAUGUCUGAACGAUAAGAAGCCAUUAGUUCGUUCAAUUACAUGUUGGACAUUGUCAAGAUAUUCAACAUGGGUUGUGCAUAACGAAGUUGAACAAAACAAAUUCCUUAUUCCAUUAAUGUCUGAAUUGUUAAAACGCAUUCUAGAUGCUAAUAAAAAAGUUCAAGAAGCUGCUUGCAGUGCAUUUGCGACAUUAGAAGAAGAAGCAUGCGUACAGAUGGUUCCUUACUUGAAACAAAUUCUCGAAACCUUGGUACACGCUUUCCGUAAAUAUCAAGCGAAAAACUUGCUAAUUCUCUACGAUGCGAUCGGCACGUUGGCGGAUAGCGUUGGCACACAUUUGAAUCGUCCAGAUUACAUUCAAUUACUCAUGCCGCCAUUGAUUGACCGUUGGAAUGCUUUGAGAAACGAUGAUAAAGAUCUUUUUCCUUUACUCGAAUGCCUUUCAUCAAUCGCAACCGCAUUACAAACAGGAUUCUUCCCGUAUUGUGAACCGGUUUUUGUUCGAUGCAUUGUUUUAGUUCAACAAACAUUAGAAGCAAACGGAACAGACUCUCAAUUAGAUAAAGACUUUAUGAUUGUUGCACUGGAUCUGCUGUCAGGUUUAGCAGAAGGACUUGGUUCAAAUAUUGAUUCGCUUGUUGAACAAUCGAACCUUCUCUCAUUACUCGAACGUUGUGCUCAAGAUCCUAUGGCUGAAGUUCGUCAAAGUUCCUUUGCAUUACUAGGUGAUUUAACAAAAGCUUGCUUUCAUCACGUUCGAAAACACUUAAACUUUUUUCUUCCAUUAUUAACUCAAAAUCUGAAUCCCCAUCAUGUUAGCGUAUGUAACAAUGCAAUAUGGGCGAUCGGCGAAAUAGCCAUACAAAUCGGCGCUGAAAUUCAGCCAUUUGUAUCGGUUAUUCUCGAAUCAUUGAUCAUGAUCGUCAAUCGAAACAAUACGCCGAAAACUCUUCUAGAAAACACCGCAAUCACCAUUGGACGUUUAGGUCUGGUCUGUCCAACUGACGUUUCAUCUCAACUAGCACGCUUCAUACGUCCGUGGUGUGUAGCCUUGCGUAACAUACGUGAUAAUGAUGAAAAAGAUUCUGCUUUCCGUGGUAUAUGUAAUAUGAUUGUGUUAAAUCCAUUAGGUGUUACUAAUGAUUUUAUAUAUGUGUGUGAUGCGAUUGCAUCGUGGGAAAAGCCUCCGAUGGAGCUGCAUGCAAAAUUUCGCGAUAUUCUGCAUUCAUUCAAACAAGAAUUCGGGGUUGAGCAAUGGAAACAACUAACAGACCGAUUUCCUGUACCAUUAAAACAACGUCUUCAAAUUCAUUAUGGAGUUUAA